GACUUGGAGAAGCCUGGGGCCACUCUAGUCGAACCAGCCCUCUGGAUAAUGUUGGACGGGAACUGGGAUCCCAUCUUUUGCAGACGUUGGACGGUUUCAUAUUUGUCGUGGCUCCGGAUGGCAAGAUCAUGUACAUCUCGGAGACUGCCUCGGUGCACCUGGGCUUGUCGCAGGUAGAGCUGACCGGCAAUAGCAUUUACGAAUACAUCCAUCCCGCCGACCACGACGAGAUGACGGCGGUGCUUACGGCCCACCAGCCUUACCACUCGCACUUUGUGCAGGGUAAAGUACACGGCCCUCCGCCCCUGCUUGGCCUGCGCGGCCGCGGAGGGGACCGCGGAGUCCUCGGCGUCAUUCACUGCAGCGGGUACCUGAAGAUCCGCCAAUACAGUCUGGACAUGUCCCCCUUCGACGGCUGCUACCAAAACGUUGGCUUGGUCGCCGUGGGCCACUCGUUGCCUCCCAGCGCCGUCACGGAGAUCAAGCUCCACAGCAAUAUGUUCAUGUUUCGGGCCAGCCUAGACAUGAAGCUCAUAUUCUUAGAUUCCAGGGUAGCUGAGCUAACAGGUUACGAGCCCCAGGACUUGAUAGAGAAGACACUUUACCACCACGUUCAUGGCUGUGAUACCUUCCACCUGCGAUGCGCGCAUCACUUGUUGCUGGUGAAAGGGCAAGUGACCACCAAGUAUUACCGCUUCCUGGCCAAGCACGGCGGCUGG